AUGUUCUUCGUUGAAUACCGGUGGAGCCAUCAAUGCAGAUUGCGUUGCCAUGCCCCUGUUUUUCGUGUCUGUCGCAAGAAGAAGAAGGAACAAUCACAGAUUUAUCGUUUUGAGAUGAAGAAGACACCUUCAAGUUUACCAAUUUCAACUCCGGCUCCAUCAUCUUUAAGUGGUUCAUCACCUGAAUUUGCACCUCUAUCUCUUGUACAUACAAAUUCAUUAAAUGAUGCGAAAUCACUGAAUGUAAAACCUGAUCCAACAAGCUUUAAUUUACCACCUUCAUAUACUGAAGACAAUAGAAUCAGUAAUGCCAUUGCUUCAAGAGGUCUUGCCUCCGAGAAUUCUUUGGGUGAUCAACGAAAUGAGAGAUAUGGAGUGACCACGGGGACAUUAGAUGCCAUUAGAGAAAGGAUGAAGAGCAUGCAAUUGGCUGCAGCUGUUGGGAACCCAGAAGCUGGAAGCAGGCCUUUAAUAAACAAGAACGAUAAUUUAAAUCAUGGAAUCUCGAGUCAGAAUCGUUAA